CUUGUGACGGUGAAGGAACUAGGGAUUUUUUGAAAUCAACAAAAAUGAGUUUUGACUGCUAACUUUGUGGUUUAUUCUGGCGUUUGGAAAUCACUAGAGUAUCGGCAUUUAUAUUUCAGAGCCAUGGACCAGCCGGCACCCAAAAGCAAGCUGAAGAAGCUGAGUGAGGACAGCUUAACCAAGCAACCAGAGGAAGUUUUUGAUGUUCUUGAGAAACUUGGUGAAGGAUCGUAUGGCAGUGUAUUUAAAGCUAUUCACAAGGAGUCGGGCCAGGUGGUGGCCAUUAAACAGGUCCCUGUGGAGUCAGACCUGCAGGAGAUCAUAAAAGAAAUUUCCAUCAUGCAGCAAUGUGACAGUCCCUACGUGGUGAAAUACUAUGGCAGUUACUUUAAAAACACAGAUUUGUGGAUUGUGAUGGAAUACUGUGGAGCUGGCUCUGUUUCAGACAUUAUCAGAUUACGCAAUAAAACACUCACAGAAGAUGAGAUUGCCACUAUCCUUAAAUCUACUUUGAAGGGUCUUGAAUACUUGCAUUUUAUGAGGAAAAUCCACAGGGACAUCAAAGCUGGUAACAUUCUGCUCAAUACCGAGGGUCAUGCCAAACUUGCUGAUUUUGGAGUGGCUGGACAACUCACUGACACAAUGGCUAAAAGAAACACAGUGAUUGGUACGCCCUUCUGGAUGGCCCCUGAGGUGAUCCAGGAGAUUGGGUAUAACUGUGUGGCAGACAUCUGGUCCCUGGGUAUCACGUCUAUAGAGAUGGCAGAGGGCAAACCUCCCUAUGCAGACAUUCAUCCAAUGAGAGCAAUUUUCAUGAUACCAACAAACCCGCCGCCAACAUUUCGGAAGCCGGAGCUAUGGACAGACGACUUCACAGACUUUGUAAAGAAGUGUCUGGUCAAAAACCCUGAACAGAGAGCCACAGCCACUCAGCUCUUACAGCAUCCCUUCAUAACCAACGCUAAACCAGUGACCAUUUUACGUGACUUGAUCACAGAGGCCAUGGAGAUGAAGGCGAAAAGACAGCAGGAGCAGCAGAGGGAACUGGAGGAGGAUGAGGAGAACUCGGAUGAAGAGGUGGAAAUAGAUUCACACACUAUGGUGAAGUCAGGCUCAGAGAGCGCUGGCACUAUGCGGGCUACGGGCACCAUGAGUGACGGGGCUCAGACCAUGAUAGAGCACGGCAGCACGAUGCUCGAGUCUGAUCUGGGAACCAUGGUCAUCAACAGCGAUGAGGAAGAGGAGGAAGAGGAUGGAGGCUCUAUGAGGAGAAAUCCCACCUCACAGCAAGCCCAGCGGCCGUCUUUCAUGGACUACUUUGACAAACAGGACUCAAACAAAGGUCAAGAGAGCUACAACCACAACCAACAGGACCCUUACCUGAUACCCAAAACUGCUUUCCCUGACAAUUGGAAAGUUCCACAAGAUGGAGAUUUUGAAUUCCUUAAAAACCUUGACUUUGAGGAGCUUCAAAUGCGUCUUAGUGCACUAGACCCCAUGAUGGAGCGUGAAAUCGAAGAGCUACGUCAGCGCUACACCGCCAAGAGGCAGCCCAUUCUGGACGCCAUGGAUGCUAAAAAGCGUCGGCAGCAGAACUUCUGAGGCUGCCUCAAGAGAGAAGACUUAAACCUGGCAUGCCAGCCCCUUUUUCACAGAGGCACACCCUCUCUUCAACUCUGUUACAUUUUAGUUUAUCACAUCUCAGUGUGACUGUCUCUCGUCAUUUAUUAUUUGCAGUCCGGUCCGUCUCAGUGUCUGACUUUUGUCUCCCAAAGAAACUGACAAACGUGUUUCACCAGCUACGACGGUAAUAUCAUGCCUCUCUUUACAUGUGAGUAGCCUUGGAAGACAAGAAUAUAAUUAAUAGUGAUGCUUACAAGAUCAGUUUAUGGGGAAGUGCAGAGGUAACUGUCGGUUGGAUUGUAGUUAGUGAUGCACUGAGUUGGAACAAUUUAUUAAGGAGCUCAGUUUUUAACCAAAGACAAUCACAAGAGGAGAAUGCCUUAGGAAGUUUUCAUCUGUUGGUCCAUCGCACAGCUUUUUUUAAAGUGACCAGUCCACAUCUCGAAAUAGGAAUAAGAGUGGUACCCACGGUCAUGGGUGCAUAUUUCCACAAAAGCACACUAGGGAAGCAAUGAAGUUAAAUGCAUGAAUGUAUCUCUUGUGCAGUAUUGAUUGAACACAAACAAUUCUUGCAGCUGUAGUUUUCAUUUCCUCAGGCCUUCACAAAA